GAUGACRCACUUGCACAAAAUGGCCGUACUAUUUCUUCUUGGACUCUUUGCAGUAAUAUAUUGUGUAUUCAUGUUCGUAAAAUUCCCUGCAAAGAGUCCUUCAAGCAAACGUAAGCACACUAAAGGUUCAAGGUUAAUUUUAGGUAAUUUUCAAACUCAGAAAAAACGAAUCGUCAUCAUAGGAGCUGGUGUAACAGGUCUCGGUGCAGCAUAUAGACUUCAUGAGCUUGGAAUAUUGCAAACURAUACWCAGGUCGUGGUAMUAGACAAGGGAGGAAAAGCUGGAGGACUCGCUUCAUCGACAAGAGAUACAAAUGGUUUUCUUUGGGAUAAUGGCGGUCACGUUGUAUUUUCUCAUUAUAAUUAYUUUGAUCGUGUUUUAGACACUGCUGUGAAAGACUGGAACAAACAUAAGCGAGCUGCAUUUGCUUUCAUGAAAGGUUCAAGCGGGAAACGACGGUUCAUACCAUAUCCAAUUCAAUACAAUGUUWUGUCAAUGGAUCACGAUGAACAAGAAAAAAUAUUACGAGAGAUAAAACAACUCAGAACUAACKCAGUCCAGUUAAAACCACGGAAUUUUGAUGAAUGGCUUCUCCAGCACUUUGGAAAAGAGYUGUGCAMCGUCUUCAUGAGAAAAUACAAUCGCAAAGUGUGGACAGUUGAUCCUAAACAGAUGAAUGCCGUGUGGGUUGGUGAACGGGUUGCAAUYCCUAGCAUUUCAAUMAUCAAAGCAAACGCAGCUCAUUCAAGCGAUUCAAACUGGGGACCAAAUAAGCUCUUUCGCUUUCCUCGGUAUAAUGGAACUGGUGGAAUAUGGACCKCUGUAAAAUCCCUGYUGCCUCAAGGAUGGUUUCACUUUGRUCAUGAGGUAACAGAAAUAGAUGUAACCAACAGAAAACUGAAGGUUAAAAUUGGUAGUAAUACACCUGAAAACUAUUAUUACCUACAUUAUGAUAUUCUAAUCAACACGGCACCCCUUGAUCUACUGCUCAACAUGGUCAAAAUGGUAAACAAUGAUUUUWUCAAUGCGAAAAACUUGUCAAARCAAAUGCUAUAUUCUCGUACACAUAUUAUKGGUCUAGGGMUGAGAGGCAAAGCCCCAGAAAAUCUGGCAGAUAAAUCAUGGAUGUAYUUUCCUGACUCUGACWCUCCGUUUUACCGAGUGACGGUAUUUUCAAARUACUCAGCUGAUCAUGUUCCCAAAGAGGGGACAUACUGGUCGCUAAUGUGUGAGGCAGCCCAACCACUAAACUACRAAGGAAAUCCAAUCAACUGGAGUAAAGAAACUCUACUAAAUCAAACAAUAUCUGCUUUGGUAACAUAUAGAUUUAUAACCAAAGACCAAAUUGUCUCACAGUAUUACCAUAAGUUGGAUCAUGGAUAUCCCAUUCCUUUUUUGAAGAGAGAAAAGAUUUUGGAAAUUGUACAACCAUGGCUAGAAUCCAGGAGUAUUUACUCGCGAGGAAGAUUUGGAGGAUGGAGAUACGAAGUAGGCAACCAAGACCAUUCGUUUAUGCAAGGCGUCGAGGUUAUCGAUCGAAUUGUGCGUGGAAUUCCUGAAGAGACGUAUCCUAAUCCGACGUUGGUGAACGSSUUGAGAGGGACAGACCGAACCUUGACUAAUACCAAGCCAAACCCUGAUUAUGAAGUAGUCGUUUCUCAUUAUGAUGAAAAUCUCGACUGGUUAGUCAACGAAGCGAGCCAUAUUCAUGUUUACCACAAGGGUAACAAAGUCAUUCCUGAYUUGAGGUUUCAACARUGGGAACGCCUUCCUAACGUCGGCCGCGAAGCGCAUACUUACCUCUACCACAUCAUUCACAAUUAUCACCGCCUUGCUGAUGUAWCGGUAUUUCUACAAGGGGAAUAUAACGAUCCAAAAGAAUCUCGUACCUUUUGCUUUUCUAAUAUAACAAAAUAUGUGAARAAGGCUCGCUUAGAGGGUUAUGUAGUUAAGUCAUAUAAAGURGCAUAUCACAACUGGCGAAGAAUUGAACACUUUGGUCGAUGGCAGAAAUGGCUGAAAUCUGGGAAAAUGCGAAGAAGUAGAUAUACAAUGGGAGAGUUUUGGGAAUUAACAAUAGGAACUCCCCAUCCACCGAGGUUACAGUAUUCCCUUAAAGGUUGUUUUGCUGUCACUCGCGAAAGAAUACACUUUAGGUCUCUKUCUGUUUAUAAGAAAUUGAUAAGUUUCCUUGACGAUCAUGGUAACCCCGAGGAAGGACACUACAUGGAGCGCAUGUGGCAUGGCAUAUUCUUUGGAUAUUAGUGUUGUGUGUUGAUGAAAAACUUUUGAUAAUUCAUGAGUGCACUUCAGAUCUGUCUAUUUGGUCACAUGAUUUCUUUUUACAAACUCAGACAAAACAUUGCUGUAUAAUUCAUCCGUCUUUUAUCACAAGAGCUAAAUAAAAUUUUAAUGCAUUGCGUGGCCGUAAGCGCGAGUGAGCGCUCUUCGAUCGUCCACUGGAGCUCUCAUUUCAAAUGCUCCUAACUUUAAAAGAACAAAUUCUUUGCCAA